GAGGACCGAGGUAACUACACCUGCAUUGCUGAAAAUCCUCUAGGUAAAGUCAACCUGACGCUCCAGCUACACGUGCCUCAUGAUGAAAAUCUGACAGCUAUUGAUUCACGAUCAGCAACUAGAAGGCUUACAACUGAGCAUCAGGCCAGAGGUAAGCAAGCAGAUGUAACGACAGAUCUCAAGACAACGGAAUCCACAGGAGCACCAGUAUUUAGCGAUCCAAACUUGCUGAAGAGAUCAUUCAGGGCAUGGCCUGCAUCACACUCCAUACGACUGAAAUGUCGAGCAACUGGUGCACCACCGCUCAAAUACAAAUGGUUAAAGGACGGAAAGGUCGUACAAAAGCGACGUUUGGGUCCAUAUGGUAAUACCUCCAUUUGGUACUUAAAACUGCGCGAUCUUGUACCCACUGAUUCUGGGAGAUACACUUGUCUAGUAUCAAAUCAUUAUGGAUCAAUAAAUCACACCUUUACUCUUCAAGUUGUUGCUAGACCCCGGUCAGCUCCAAUCCUACAAACCAAUCUUCCAAAGAACAAAACUGUGAAGGUUGGAGAUAACGUGACAUUUACCUGUAUUGUUCUAGUUAUUGGAACUCUCCCGGAUUUCAGAUGGCUUAAAUGGAACAAAACCGUCACUGCUAUGCCUAAAACUUACAAAGACAUCUUAAAUGGAUCAUAUCGACUUAUAGACCCAUACUAUUACAGGACUGUUAAAGUUAAAAGUAAUUAUGGUGUUGAGGUGACUAUUGUAAAUGUGACCGAAGAUGAUUUUGGACUCUACACUUGCUAUGCGAGCAAUCAUAUCGGCAGGAAUUUCAGGAGUGCAUACCUUAUCAACUAUGUGAAACCCACGGUUCCUGUGACAGCCCAUACUAGUUGUGACCUCAACGGAACAAUCUGCGAUGAACCUGGGAGUACGCUUUCUCCUCCUAACACGGAACACACUAAAAAUGGUCGUUCACCAGAUAAGAAGACUCGGAAUGCUCUUCUCCCUGGAAUGCUCUCAGUAUGCUUGCUAAUUAUUGUGGCUGUUGUCAUCGUUUUCUGUUGGUGCCGUCGAUCGAACCGAAUCAUCAAGAAACCUUCAGCUUUACUGUCAAAAGCUGAACUUGAAUACGAUGCUUUCAUCAUUUUCAGCUCCCAAGACUCGGAUUGGGUGAUUAAAACUCUAAUUCCAACUCUUGAAGAAAAACACCAUUUUCAAUGUUGUGUACACUACAGAGAUUUCGUUGUUGGAGUACCUUUUCGCGAAAAUAUGGUCAACAGUGUUUACAUAUCUAGAAAGACAAUAGCUGUUGUGUCUAAGAACUUUUUUAAAAGCAGCUAUUGUGGUUCAGAAAUGGAAUAUGCCCUCCAUCGACUUAUGGAAAGGAGAGAUGAUAGUGUAGUCGUUAUUAAACUUGAUGACGUUGAUAGAGCAAAACUUCCUAAGGAGCUGCAAAAAAGGAGCUACAUAGACUAUCGAAAGAAUGUUGAAAAGGAUCACUGGGAAAGAAAAUUGGUUAAUUGUUUAAAGAUUCCGAACGAUCAGCCACAAGAACAGAUUUUGUAAUAAGCUUUCUUUGUCUAUGCAUUCACUAGCUCCAACGUUGGAAAUAUAUUAGUAGACAGGUGAAAUUUUUUACUGGUGCUGAAUCUAUUUACUCUCUACUUUCCUUCUGAUUUCUUGUGCUUUCAAAUGAAACAUCGCCCGCAUACAUUCGUUAACGCUUCCCAGGAUCAUUCAAUCUUGGUAUACAAUGUGUAACAUUUUUAUAAAGCGGGCAGUCUUGUUGGAAAUUUGAAGUGUCUGAAGCCAGAAACAAGAGAUGAUGCUUAAAACUAAUCUGUAGAGGAAUUAGGAAGGAAAAGGGUCUUUUUCAUCAUUUAUAUAUUUACUGUAUGUAUAGUGAAUCAGAACUCAGUCAAAUCACAAAAUCUUAUGAGACCUUUAACGAGUUUUCAUACUAAGAAUGUCAUGAAAUUCUUUUUUUUUAUAUA